CUGUCACUUGGCAACCAGGAACUGGUGGCUGCAGCCCCUGCCAUGUUCUUUCCAUCAUCCUGGGCCCUCGUCUCUGGCAUGGGCUCUCUGCUGCCCAAGCAACGGGGGCCCAGCUAGGAAAACACCUUCCAUCUACUUUCUUCUCAGCCACUCACAGGUCUCACAGAGAAGACUGAGACUUGUUGAUGGAGCAGAAGCCGUGAGCGCGCAUGGCGGGCCUGGAGGUACUGUUCGCGUCGGCGGCGCCCGGCAUCACCUGCGCGCAGGACGCGCUCGUCUGCUUCCUGCACUGGGAGGUGGUGACGCACGGCUACUACGGCUUGGGCGCCGGCGACCAGCCAGGGCCUAAUGAUAAGAAAUCAGAACUUCUGCCUGCCAAUUGGAACAGCAAUAAAGACCUGUAUGCCCUCCGCUAUGAGUCUAAGGAUGGGUCCAGAAAACUCCUCGUGAAGGCCGUCACCGUGGAGAAUAGCAUGAUCAUCAACAUGCUGGAAUAUGGCUCACAGCAAGUGUCAGACUUGACCCUGAACUUGGAUGAUUAUAUUGAUUCAGAACACCUGGCUGACUUCCACAGGACCUAUAAGAACAGUGAGGAACUGAGGUCUCGUAUCGUGUCUGGAAUCAUCACACCUAUCCAUGAGCACUGGGACAAGGCUAGUGUAAGCAGUCCCCAGCGGGAGUUUCCCCCUGCUACUGCCAGAGAGGUGGACCCACUCCGGAUUCCCCCACGGCACCCACACACCAGCCGACAACCUCCCUGGUGUGAUCCCCUGGGCCCAUUUGCUGUCGGGGGAGAAGACCUAGACCCCUUUGGCUGUCGGAGAGGUGGCAUGGUUGUGGAUCCCCUGAGAUCUGGUUUCCCAAGAGCACUUAUUGACCCAUCCUCGGGCCUCCCAAACCGGCUUCCUCCAGGCGCUGUGCCCCCAGGAGCACGUUUCGACCCCUUUGGGCCCAUUGGAACCAGUCCAUCUGGACCUAACCCAGACCACCUCCCCCCGCCGGGCUACGAUGACAUGUAUCUCUGAAGGCCUCAAGAAUGUAACAUCCCAACCUACCCUCCACUCUUCUGGAGCUGCCACUGCUGACCCUAACAGCCACUGUGUUCUUGCUGGCUGGGGGCAAGGGACUCUGCCCAUGUGUUUGCAGGCGGGCUGGGGUUGGCUCCCCACCACCAACCAGAGCCAAGGCACCUCCUGCAGCUCCCCAUCUGCCUGCAUCUAGGUCCCACAGAGAAAUCAGUGUGUGUCUUUCAUUACCAGCUCUUCCCUGCUUCCCAGAGGAGACUGCGGCAACAUAUACCCUCAACCCAAAGCAGUCCCAUUUGCAGCGCUAUAAGAACAGAACGCAUUUUGGAUGUUAUUAUUAAGAACCAAAUGUCAAUACAGAAAUCAUGUUGCCGUCUCCCACUUUUCUUUACUGCACAGUUCCUUCCAGUUUGGAGGCCUUUGAUUCGAAUCUUUGUGGGGCUAAAUGACUUUUCCUACCCUGGGCCCAUUCUUGCUUUUCAGGCACCCUUCAAAAAUUACUUCUUCAUAGAUUGCUGUUGCUUUUGACAUCACUAAGACGGGUCCCAUUCUGGAUGAAUAUGAGUAACUGAAAACCCCAUAGUUUCACUAAGAUGACUUAACAAGGGCAGGCGCAUUGCAGAAAGACUGCAUCAUCUGAGAAGGGCGAGACCGUCCAGGUCUGUCCGAGCCAAUCCAUGGGCCCAUCUCUGCCUGGGCGAUGGCCAGGGAAACAGAGGAGUAACAGAGCAGACUUGAAAGCUAAUCACAUAUUUUGCUGCCAACUUUCUAAAUGACCCUAUGCAAGUCCUUUUCCCUCCCAGGACUUUUGUUGCUCCCCUAUGAAAUCUAAGGUGCUUUUCCUGCUCUAAAACAAUUAUUUGGAUGUCUGCUCUGCCUGUGGCAACAUCUAGGAACUCUGGGCAAAGGGAAAGAGUGAAGGUUCAAGGCUUUGUGUGAUACUUGCCUUGUUUGUAACUCUGCUUAUCCUCCUUGGGGUCCAGAAGAGCACAGGAGCAUGGGCUCCAUUUGAGUGUGUACUGAACUUUGGGAAGAACAGGAAGCCCAGUCUCUGCAAACCAGUGGCUGGGUGGAUGGAGGAGCUAGUGAAACAAGAAACGACCCAGGAAGUAAUUUCACCCCUGGAGGAGCCCCAGCCUCUGGAAGCCAUGUCCUCCAUCCAGGCCCACCUGACAUUUGGUGUUCUCCGGAUCAUUUUCAGCCCGAAGCCUGACAGAGGUGGUCAGUGAUGAACUCCUGUGCUGGAGUGGAAAGAGCACCAUAGAGCUCCAGGCUCAGGCAAGAGAUCAAGACACUAGUCACUUUCGAGACACAACUAACGUUUCAGCCAUGCGCGGUUCCUUUCACUUCCAAACUCCCUGGGUUCCUUCCCCUAAAUUAGGACAUUCUUCUAUAGAGGGAGACUAUCAGAAGGUGUCGGCUAAUAUGCUGGAGCCUGUCUGUUCUGCCCAGGAGUAGGAUAGCAUAAGCUAAACCGGCGCAUAGGCCCGGGGUCAGUCCAAGGUGGAGAUGGGCCUGCAUGGGGAAGCUAGCGUGAGCGGGCUCGCUGGGCGUUUCUAGCAAACCCGUCUCAGUAGAAAAUUACACCCUGAAGCCUUUAGAACAUCUCUGCUCUGGAGAAAGACCCAGAGGACACAGACAGCUACAAAUGUCAUUUCUGGUAAUAGUCUUCUUUUCCAAAGGCUGGCAAAUGGGUGGAAUGGUCUUGUUUUGAAGUUGGAUCAUAACUUCUACCCGAAGAACUUGGGGCAACUUGCUCAUAAAAGCAUCCUUUAUUAUAAAAUCAUUAAAACCAACAUUAGAACAGAGAACAUCAGAUAAGCAGGGAAGGUAGGCCCCUGAUUCAAGGAGAAGACAAGAUUGAAACAAUAAAUUUGCUACUUGAAUUUUCUAGUAGCAAAGGUCAAAAGGAUGGUCAUAUACAUAAUUCUGUUUUCAGAAAACAGAAACUUCAGUGAUUCAUCUGCAGAAUCAGCCAUUUUUUUGUAUGUGGGUCUCCUUGCAUCAAGGACACUGAGGAACACAACAAUGCCUUAGUUUUUAUGUGGGGAAAGUUAAUGGGGUUGUUAGGAAAUUCAAGUCAAGCUGUCGUUGCUUGUUGUCUGGGCCACUUCCCUGCCCUGGGUUGUGAGUAGUCACCAGGCAGGAAUAGCUGUGGUUCAGGUGUGUGUUCUGUCGAACCUAAAAGGUUGGAGCCUUAAUAAAUAUCAGCACUAAUAACCUGUUCCUCUUAUUUUUUU